CUCCGGACGAUUCCUUUCCACUCCAUCUCAAUUGGCCUUGGGGGAAGCGGUAAUCAUGGCGGACGACGAAUAUGAGCCCUCCAAUGUGGCUCCCAUGCAGACCGGCAAGGUCAUCCCACCUCAGCGAUCCGUGACGGCCUAUCCACCCAUUGACCUCGAUCCCCACUUCACCCGAGUCGUCAAGUACGCUCGCCCAUCCGACUGGGCCGAAUUCGCCAUCCUCCCCUGGACCGGUGUCGGAUUCUUCCACUGGUGGCACGGCCGCUAUGGCAGCGACACCAAGAUGGCAUAUAAAGCGUGCCAACGGGUUAACUUCUCGGUCGGGUUGAUGACCGCAUUUUGCGUGCUCUACGUCCGCUCAUCCUACCGAUUUAUGGGCUUCCGUGAGAACGCCCGCGAGACGGAAAUGGACAUGCGGGAGAUGACCGAUCGCGUCAAGAAGGGUCUGCCGCUGUACGGCGAGUCUCGGCUCUCGGAGUACAUGCAGGGCGUGGCGGCGAGGAACUCACGGAACUCGCAAGUGCUGCUGCACGUCCUUCCUAUGUUCAACAUCGUCAAUCACAACAUGCAUGGUGUGGACACGGCGAAGUACUACCGGAACGCGGAACGGGAGUUGGAGGCGGAGGGGAAGAAGGCGGCGGGGAGCUAGAUCCACGAGUAGAGCAAUGUUGGGCGGAUCAGAGUCUCGAUGUGAGACGAGCUUGUUCGAAUAGAUCAAGUGCAUGAAGCUAUCUCGGAGUAAAAGCAGCUGUCUGGCGCAGAAGGUGCCGUCAUUCUUUGCUAUCAAAGUCCAACGACGCGGAAACCUGGUCUAUUGAUUUGUGGGGUAUUUGACGGACGACGAAAGAGAUAGAUCAACUGGUAUACAACGCCGCGAACCACUGUAGCUAAAACUGUUCAAUGGGAACCUUUUCAAUUAUAUCGUCGCGUUGGAUGCACCCCGAUUCCAAACGCCGGUACCCCCUCAAUAUGCCAACUUAGAGUUCAAGCGGCGUCACAGGGCUGGAGGUCUUUCGUAGGCGGUGGCCCUCUAUCUCGCCGACCUUUGUGCAGAUCCACGUCGACGCAUACAUAUUCACC